AAAACGUUGAACCCACCACGCAUGAGGUUUUGGCGCUGAAUAGAAAUUGACAGAUAUUUUGAAGUCCGAAAAGCACACUUCGCUUGGAGUGAGUUUUCUCUCUGAUCGUGCUUCGCAAUCGCAAUCGCAUUCAGGAUUGUUGAUACAAGAUGCAAGAAGAUUGGAAGCCAAAGAUUGGUAUGGUUUUCGAUCGCAUUGAAGAUGCUUGGAAGUUCUGGGUUGAUUAUGGCGAAAGACUAGGAUUUGGAGUGAGGAAACAAUAGUCACACAAGAAAAAAGAUGGCUCAAUUAGUUCUUCUAGGUUUGUUUGUUGCAAGGAAGGUUUGCGAAAGCCAGAUAAGCGAUAUUAUAAAACAAUCAACCCAAUACCUGAGACGAGAACAAUUGUCCGGCUAGGAUAGGGUUUAAAGAUAUGGGUGGAAAACUUACCGUCUUUGAUUUUGUGGAGGAACAUAACCACGCGGUACAUCUACAAGAAAUUACUCAUAUGUUGUCGUCUGAACAAAAAGUUUUGGAAGUUCAAUGCCAUUAAAUUGAUCUGGCGGAUGAAAAUGGUGUACAACAAAGGGUGUUACUUGAUUUGAUGAGUAAAAAGGUGGGAGGUAGUAGUGACUGUGGAUAUACUCUUCCGGAUCAAAAGAAUGAUAUCCGAAAAAGAAGGAAGAGGAGUUUGGUAAAUAGGGAAGUUAAUUUUCUCUUGCAAUACUUUCAAAGAAAAUUGGUUGAUAAUCCAACUUCCUAGCAUGCCUAUCAAAUAGAUGCUGAAAAUAGAAUUACCAAUGUAUUUUGGGUAGAUGCAGAAAUGGUUGUUGAUUAUGGCUAUUUUGGUGAUGUGGUUUUUCUUGAUUCAACAUAUUGCACAGAUAAUUCAUUGAGACCACUAGUAGUGUUUUCAGGAUUUAACCAUCAUCAAAGAUUGUGAUCUUUGGGGCUGCAUUAUUAUAUGAUGAAACAAGAGAGUCAUACAAGUGGCUCUUUGAAACAUUUCUAGAGGCACACAAGCAGCAAAUGCCUCAAACGGUUUUUACCGAUCAAAACCAAACAAUGGAAAAAGCGCUAGUUGUUGUUAUGCCUGGGACUUACCAUGGCUUAUGUACGCGGUGCUUGAUUCAGGAUGGUAUCAAGAACUUAGGCAAUUUAAUGAAAGAGGAGUCUGAUUUUCUCAUUGACUUUAAGAAGUGCAUGUAUGACUAUGAAGAUGAAGAACAAUUUGAAGAUGGUGGGAAAACCCUCAUUGUAAGGUAUAAUGUUAAGGAAAAUACUUGGUUGCAAAGAAUGUAUGCUACGAAGAAGAAAUGGACAGCUUGUUAUAUGAAGAAAACUUUUACAUUAGGAUAUAAUCAAGUUUAAUGAAUUCAGACUUGGAUAUAAUCAAGUUUUUUGAGCAUUUUGAGAACAUUGUAGAAGAAAAGAGAUUUAACGAAUUGAAGUUUGAAUAUGAAGCACGCCAAGAAAACUCAAGACUCAAGUACCCUUAUUCUGGCAUCUUGCAGCAUGUGUCUAAGCUUUAUACUCCCACUAUUUUUGAUCUAUUCCAACACUAGUAUGAGUUAUUUGAAGCAUGUUCUGUGAAAAGCAUGAACAUGCGAGCAUCCACAAUUGAUUUUGUUAUUUCCAUGGUAAGGGAUUUAGGAGAGUGGUGUGUGUCCUUUGAUUUGGAUAAGACUUCAAUAAGUUGCUCGUGUCGUAAGUUUGAGAACUUUGGUAUACUUUGUUGUCAUUGUGUAAAAGUUUUUAUUCAUAUGGAUGUCAAAUCAGUGCCCAAACGUUAUAUCUUCAAAAGGUGGACAAAGUCAGCAAGAAGUGGGGCUUUACCUAAUGUUGGUGUUAGUCACGGGGUAGAAGAUGUUGGUCUAUCCCCAACGCAACGCUACAAGGCAAUUUGCCCCCAUCUAAUUAGGAUAGCCAUUGAAGCAUGUAGAAGUAAAGAAACAUUCUUGUUCCUUAUAUAUUGAUGAAUUGGAUAGGAAAAUGUUAGUUUCAAAAUAAUCAAGCAAGUAUUUCUCAAGGGAGUCCCUUAGCUAAGGUAAGAGAUAGCAUAUAGCAUUGGUUUCAUCUUGUGUAAGAAAACCAUGUAACUUUUAAGUGAGUGUCACUAGUUUUACUAGCUUGUUGAUGGUAAGUUUAUGCUAUUAUAUUAGCAUUACUUCCAUCUAAUGUGAUUUCUUUUCACAUCUGUGUAAAAUACUAUUAGCUUGUGUCUUUCAAAUUAUAAGAACAUUUUGAUUUUGAUUAGGACAUCACAACAUUGACCAGAACAUUUUGAUUUUGAUAGGGAAAUCACAACGUUAACCAAUCCCAUAAGGUGAAUAUAUUUUCCGGUUGUAUGGCUUUUGGAUAUAGUGCUCAUUGUUUUUUGGGUAUAAGUUUUUUGGAGGUAUAUUUUGGGUGCAAAUUUCUGGUUUUCUUCAACAUUAGUUAUGAAAAGCAAUUGGAUUCGAUUGUAUGUUGGGCCGAGUUAUUUUCUUGGUGUUUAUUUCCUUUGACUAUUUAAAUUAUACUUAUUUGAAUCCCAUCAUCUCUUUCUCUCUUUGGAUAAUAAAUUUCUGAUAGUAGGAUUCUCAGCUUCAAAUUCCUGCCUACUGCAAUUGUAUAGGCAAUAGAGUUUAAUAGCAAUAAAAUAAAGUGAAGUAAAGAAAGGACUGCAAUGUGAAACAAGUAUCUUUAGUUUGAAAAGUUAAUCCAUAAAUCCAGUCUGUUGGCGUGGGUGGUCCUGUUUUUUCUCCAGUCUGUUGCUGUGGGUGGUUGCUGGCCGGCUGAUUACUCCCUCACUCUCUCUUUAACACAUGUCACACUGUUUUCGUCUUGAACAGUUGCAGGUCCUGUGCGUGUUUAUUAUUAUAAUUAUUAUUUUUAUCUAAUAUAUCUCAGCUGUUUGAUUUGUGUUAGAGAGUGCUGCAGAGUAUCCGAAUGCAGUCCAACCUAUCUCACUGUUUCUUAAUCCUAGUAAGUUCUGUGAAAAAUAUCUGACUCUAUUUCUUAUGGUCACUUCACUUGAUCCACUGUUUAUGAUUUGCCUUUUAAGAAGUUUGGUAGAUAGAUAACCACAAAAGAAUUCCAGGGAAGAUGGUAUGAUAAUUUCUGAAUGAGAAAAAAUUAGUUUGCGCGUUACAAUCAAAUAUUUAGCAUUAGCUUCUGUGAAAGUAACAAAUAUACUGAUUAUAACCGAUCAUGAUCCGACUUAGUAAACUAAUUUUCACUAAUGCUGUAAUAUAUGGUAAUAAUAUACUCACCUCCGUUAACUAAUCAUACCCUGCUACUGAAUUGAGAUUGGAAUAUGGUUUCCAUUCUGAAAAGGAAUCUACUACUUGUGUAUUUAGUCUUCUCAAGAAUAAUAAAUGGGACUUAUUUCUGUACUGUUUAGGUGCACUCACUCUUGGCGAGAUAGCUCAGAAAGCUAUAGUUUAUUUAAAAAGGGAAUGUUUUCUAUAGUUUAGUAAAUGAUGAUUAUUACUAGUACUACUGUUUUGUUAUGAAGUCCGUUGCAUACUUCCCAUUACCCAUUUUUGCAUAUCAGUUUGUGUUGAUUAAUGAAUUGAUCCAAAAAAAAAAAUCCACAGAUGUCCAGAUAAUUUCAUGCUAUUCAUAGUUGAUUCUCUCUUUUCUUUGCUAUUUAAAAACUUGUUAAUUUUUUUUGUUCUGAUUCAAUUUUUUAUCACUAUUUUGUAGUUACGAUAUUUUUUCCUCGUUAGUUUUUCUAACAAUAUUUAUGCUCGGUAUGACUUUUAUUUGCUUGUUUAUCAUCUCUAUAGUUUGGUUUGAUGGCUUUUCAGGUUAGGCUAGUUACCUUGUGUACGCAACUGUUUUUUAUGACCACAUAUUUAGUUUCAUUAUUUGUCAAACUCCUCAUAAAUGAAACAAAAAAUGUUCAUACAACAGGACAAGAUAUUUUUGUAAUUAGACUCUGUUCAUGAUGACCACAACCUUAAUAAUGGUCAAAAUUUCCUAGUUCUUAUCAUAGUUUGAAAAUUUAAUGUUUGAGUUAUUAAAUUACAGCUUUAAAGUUGAAACUGUAUAUAUUAUAUUACCUUUUUGAAAGUGAAUUACCGCUGGUGAUAACUGGUUCAAGAUAGACAGUGGUUAUUUUUAUCUUAAAAAAGGAAAAAUUAUCCUUAAUUUGAUAUUGUCUUAAUAUAGAAUAAAUUAUUCUCUUUGAAUGAGUUAAGCAAAUCUUUAUUUGGCAGUAACUGGAGGGAAAGUGCUGUGUGGUCCAUUUUCCCUUUACAACAGGUAGUUGAUGUGGCAAAGCUAAUGGUUGGACUGCUUUUUUGAGGUCAGAGAUUCUUUGUCCUAACUGGCUCACAACCUUGUACCAGAAAACAAUCUUUAACUACACUCACUUCCAUUUUAAUAAUACAAGAAAAAAUCAGCAUCAAAUCGUAUUAGGCGAAGUGUGACAAGUGAAUACAAAUCUACUUGUGAUGACAAUGGAGAAGCCACCAAUGCCCGGUACUACAUCAGGUGAUUGUAAACCGCUAACAACAUUUGUUCACACAAACACAGAUGCAUUUCGAGAAGUAGUGCAAAGACUAACAGGUCCCUCAGAAGCCAAUGCAGCAAAAGAUGUAGGUCAAUCAACAAAAGUCACAACUACUACUAGAAGAACACCACCAAAGCUUCACGAAAGAAGGAAAUGCAUGAAACCGAAACUCGAGAUUGUUAAACCAAGUAUUCAAAACUAUAAGCAAUCUGCUGCAUCACCAUCUUCUAAGUCAAGAACUUCUAGCUUUCCUUCAAGUCCUGUAUCGGGAAGUGGAAGUUCUAGUCUUCUGCCAAGUCCUACCACACCUUCGACAUUGUUCUCUCGGUUAACUAUUUUGGAAAGUGAAAAGAAACAAGAUGAAAUGAACAUUGAGGAAGAAGAGAAAGCUAUCAAAGAGAGAAGAUUUUAUUUGCAUCCGUCGCCGAGGUCUAAAGCAAGUGGUUAUAAUGAACCAGAGUUACUCAUUUUGUUUCCUUUGGCAUCUCCUAAUGCAAGUGAGAAAGUAUAAUUUUGAGGACGCUACUAUGCUAUCUUCAAUGAGCUUCACAUUACAUAUAUCAAGUUUAUGGUGACAAAUAUUUUAAACGGGAAUAAAAGAAAUCUAAUGAAAGUAGCUUUUGAUA